UCCCGGGUCCGGCUCCCGGCACCUUCCCGGCCUCCGUGGGGUCUCCCGCUCAGCUUUCGGCGACGCGUUCCGGGGCGGCGGUUGUGUCCGGGAGCGGCGGGAGGCGGGCUCCGGGGCUCCGACGGUUAGGACUCGGCGGCCGGGACGCACCGGCAGGUCCCAGCCCUGCUGCGGGAUCCACCGGGGCUGGGAAAGCAGCCGUCCGGGCGGGCGGCGGAGGGCGGCGGAGGGCCCGCCCGCCACCGCGACUUCGGCCGCCGCCGCGCCGCCUCUCGCUCGCGGGCCGCGCUGACGGGACAGUCCGGGGGGCGCCGCGGGCGGAUGGAGGCGCCUCUUCGCCCCGCCUGAGCUCAGGAGGAGCGAGCGCCGAGCGCGGGGCCCGCCUCCCGCCGCCAGUGCGGCCGCGCGAGCAGCCGGAGGAGGAGCCGCGAGCGCCGGGCUUCUCCCCGCGGGAGCCCCCAGCAUGGUUGACUAUAUUGUGGAGUAUGACUACGAUGCUGUACAUGAUGAUGAAUUAACUAUUCGGGUUGGUGAAAUAAUCAGGAAUGUGAAAAAACUACAGGAGGAAGGAUGGCUAGAAGGAGAGCUAAAUGGGAGAAGAGGAAUGUUUCCUGAUAAUUUUGUUAAGGAAAUUAAGAGAGAGACAGAACCCAAGGAUGAUAAUUUGCCCAUUAAACGGGAAAGACAUGGGAAUGUAGCAAGCCUUGUACAACGAAUAAGCACCUAUGGACUUCCAGCUGGAGGAAUUCAACCACAUCCACAAACCAAAAACAUUAAGAAGAAGACCAAGAAGCGUCAGUGUAAAGUUCUCUUUGAGUACCUUCCACAAAAUGAGGAUGAAUUGGAGCUGAAAGUGGGAGAUAUUAUUGAUAUUAAUGAAGAGGUAGAAGAAGGCUGGUGGAGUGGAACCCUGAACAACAAGUUGGGACUGUUUCCCUCAAAUUUUGUGAAAGAAUUAGAGGUAACAGAUGAUGGUGAAACUCAUGAAGCCCAAGAGGAUUCAGAAACGGUUUUUACUGGGCCUACCUCACCUUUACCGUCUCCGGGGAAUGGGAAUGAAACUGCACCUGGAUCAGUUACACAGCCAAAGAAAAUUCGAGGAAUUGGAUUUGGAGAUAUUUUUAAAGAAGGCUCUGUGAAACUUAGAACAAGAACAUCUGGUAGUGAAAUAGAAGAGAAGAAAACAGAAAAGCCCUUAAUUAUACAGUCAGUAGGAUCCAAAACACAGAGUCUGGAUGCAACAAAAACAGACACGGAAAAUAAAAGUAAAGCAAAGGAAUAUUGCAGAACAUUAUUUGCCUAUGAAGGUACUAAUGAAGAUGAGCUUUCUUUUAAAGAGGGAGAGAUAAUUCACUUAAUAAGUAAGGAGACUGGAGAAGCUGGCUGGUGGAAGGGUGAACUUAAUGGUAAAGAAGGAGUAUUUCCAGAUAAUUUUGCUAUUCAGAUACAUGAACUGGAUAAAGACUUUCCAAAACCAAAGAAACCACCACCUCCUGCUAAAGGUCCAGCUCCAAAACCUGAGCUAAUAGCUACAGAGAAGAAGUAUUUUCCUAUAAAGCCAGAAGAAAAAGAUGAAAAAUCAGUACUGGAACAGAAACCUUCUAAACCAGCAGCUCCACAAGUCCCACCUAAGAAGCCGACUCCACCCACCAAAGCCAAUAAUUUAUUGAGAUCUCCUGGGACAAUAUACCCAAAGCGACCUGAAAAACCAGUCCCUCCACCACCUCCUAUAGCCAAGAUUAAUGGGGAAGUAUCUACCAUUUCAUCAAAAUUUGAAACUGAGCCAUUAUCAAAACCAAAGCUAGAUUCUGAACAAUUACCACUUAGACCAAAAUCAGUAGACCUAGAUUCAUUUACAGUUAGGAGCUCUAAAGAAACAGAUAUUGUAAAUUUUGAUGACAUAGCUUCCUCAGAAAACUUGCUACAUCUUACUGCAAACAGACCGAAGAUGCCUGGAAGAAGGUUGCCUGGACGCUUCAAUGGUGGACAUUCUCCAACCCAAAGCCCAGAAAAAACCUUGAAGUUACCAAAAGAAGAAGAUAGUGCCAACUUAAAGCCAUCUGAAUUUAAAAAGGAUUCAAGCUACUCUCCAAAGCCAUCUCUGUACCUUUCAACACCUUCAAGUGCUUCAAAACCAAAUACAGCUGCUUUUUUAACUCCAUUAGAAAUCAAAGCUAAAGUAGAAUCAGAUGAUGGGAAAAAAAACCCUUUGGAUGAACUUAGAGCUCAGAUUAUUGAAUUGCUGUGCAUUGUAGAAGCACUGAAAAAGGAUCAUGGGAAAGAACUGGAAAAACUACGAAAGGAUUUGGAAGAGGAGAAGGCAAUGAGAAGUAAUCUAGAGGUGGAAAUCGAGAAGCUGAAAAAAGCAGUCCUGUCGUCUUGAAAUGGCAUGGCCCUGUAUAUUCAGAAGCAACACUAUGAACUUCAACUGACUUAUUACUUAAAAAUAACAAAUGCUGAUGUCCUGAUAAAGAAAUAUGAGUAUUUGAACUAUAAUCUAUAGAAAAGUAGGGAGAGGGUGGAUUUUUUUUUUAUAUAUAUAUUUUGUUUUGCCAAUAUGAAAAAAAAAGAGGCCUUAUUUCUUAUGUGCUGGAAUUGCAAACUUUUUUUUUUUUAGUUUGCUUGAAGAUACUACUGAAUCUGUAUAAAAAGGAAAGUUCACAAUAGUUUUUUUAUUGAAACUUGUAGUAUUAUUUUUAAAGAGAUCUAUACUAUAAAUAUGGUGAUAUCUUUACAAAUAAUCUGUAACAUAUACUAUUUGAGAGGGACAAAUUAGCUUUAUAGUAACUAUAGCCACUACUUUUCCCAUAAUACAUAAGGGAUAUAAACUUUGUAUAUAUAUAUUUUUUACUUUUAGCUUCUUACCCAGGAUUACACUGUUGUGCCUGUUUGCAGUGCUGUUUAUACUCUGGGUGAUGAAAUAGGAGUUUACUCUAGCUAUAAACCAGAUUACUCACCCAAGCAUAUAGUAAUAACUAAUGAAACAAUCAAAACAAUUUCUUUGACUUUUAGAAUAUUUUAUAUUGCUUGCACUAUAGGAUUCAUAAAAGGAAUUUAGUUAAAAUGUAUUGGAUUGUUAACUAUAUUUGGGAAAAUAUGAGCUAUAUUUUAAAUUCAUUAGGUCUGAGAAACUAAAAAUGUCAAUUUAACCCUUAACUUGUGCCUAGAAACUACAGCACAUAUAAUAUGCAAACACCAGCCUUAUUGCUGUACUUUACUGCUUGUUUUACAGGCUCAGAUAUUACUCAUUUUGUGAUCUUGUGAGUUCCUCAUGUUCCUCUUUCUGAUUUUUAAUAAUGGUAAUAUGAGAAGAACAAAAUUCAGAACAUGCAGAACUUGGGUGUGAGAUUUCAUACUUUGACAAAUUAUUAUUAUGUAAAUACUCAGGUUUUACAAUGUGUAAUUUACUUCAAAGACCAAACUAAUUGGUGGAGAUAUUUUAGGCUGUCAUUUAGGUAUCAGAGUGUUAGUAUAUCAUAAAACAUAACAGUACAGCUUAUUUAAAACCAAAUAUAGUUGACCAUAUUCAAAAUACAUUUUCAUAAGAUGGAUGAAUUAGUUUCUUCAGAGUCACUUAUGAACAGGUGAACGUUUUAAAAGUUAUUAUCUAUAGAUAAUAUGUCUUAAAAUAUAUGGGUUUAUAUUAAAAAUAGAAAAAUUGACUUUUCAUUUGCAAAAAAAAUAGAUUUUAAGUUUUAUUAUAGCAAAGACUUUCAGAUGCCACCUGUCAUGCUUCCAUUUUGUGUUAUUUUAAACCACCAAAUCAAUGUUUUCCUUCAAGUUUUAAUCUUAUAUACUGAAAUCUGUAUUAAUGAAAAUUUACCAUGUUGUCUCAUAUAAAAGAACUGAAGUAGAAAAUAAUAGAAAUUCUAGUCAUUACUUAAUGUUAAAUCACAACUUACAUUAUUAGAGCUUUUGGGGAAACCUGAUUGUGCAUUGAGCGUGUACAUUUUAACUCUUUAAAGUUCUGGGCUUUUCUGAUGAGGUCACUACUCAACAAAAUUGUUAAUUCCUGUUUUAAUAUUUUUAAAUGACUUGUUGAAUGAUUUCCUUCUUGCUAAAAAAGUUAGGUUUUACUUUCUUUUAAUGAAAGUCCUUAGAAAUAAAAACAUUGUAUCCUAGAAAUCAUUCUCUAGCUUUCUGGCUGGAGUGACCCCUCCUCACCCUGUUAAUGGGAUGAGGGAAGUUUCCAGCAGAUUUCAGGGUGUUCUUAAAGUUUUUCUUGGUCAUUUUUCUCACCAGUGCAUAAAAUGAAGGUGGUCAUGAAUGCCGACAUACAUUUAAAGUAUCUGCUUUGUAUGUUCCUCAGAAUGGAAAAUUAAAGUUUUGUGGCUCUAUUUUCUGUCCUUGACCAAAAGGUAAAGUUCUUAAAGCCAAACUCAAAGGGAAAAAAUGAUUACUUCAAUCUAGCAAUUUACUGGUAUUUGCUCUUGAUACGGAAAUUUUGUUUUUAUUCAUAAAGUUCAUAUCACAAAAUGGUACAUAAUGAUAAUAGCCUUUACUGGGAGAUAAAUCAUUGUUUUUUCUUUUUUUCUAUAAGUGAGUAUAAAUGACAGACUAGAGAUGAACAGCAUGGAAUCUGUCAUUGCCAAAUUAUUAGUGAAUGUAUUUUUCAGGUUUGCUAUUCUUUGAAACACAUAAUAUUACUAAUUUUCCUACUUGUAUUUCAAUAUUGGGAGUAUUUGUGUGUGUGCUUGUGUGUGACCACUGAGAUUUAGUGGUUUGGUCUUACUAUAAAGCUGUUACCUCUUUACAAAAUUUAAGCCUGAAGAUAGGAAGAGAAUGGGGGUUCUCUUUUUUAUGCUUCUUACUGUGAUCACAGGAAAAAAAAAAAAACCCAAGUGCUCUCUUGAUUUGUUGGUAAACAUUUUAUGCUUGCAUUUAAACUUGAAAUGUACGAAGAGAAUAAGACAAUCAGUUAAAAUCAGAAAUGAAAACAUUAAAAAUGUAAUGGCCUUGUUUUGCUGUAGCAAUAAAAUGACCAAGUGCAAUGACUUGAUUUAAUAAAAUCAUCUUUUAAAAGUUGCUGCUAUGAAUAUUUUUAGCCAUAAAACUUUACCCUUGUUUUAGCCUGACUUGCCUUCAGUAACUAUUAUGUAAUGCAGUUGGUGUUGUAGUAUUCUAACAUUCCAAAAAAAUAAUAAUAUAUAUGUGGGGAAACUCAAAAUAGUAUACUUCACUGACUUGUUUACAGGUGCUGUAAAAAAGCAUGCUUCUCCCUCAAAAAAAAAAAAUAAAUAAAUAAAGAAUAGUAUUGCCAGUUG